AAUUUUUUAAAAGCUUAGUCGUAACACUAUCUCGACUUGAUUACAUUAGUAUCUGAGGUUUGACUAUAAAAACAAACACAAAUGUUUUUUAAUGCAUAUCCUAAAAUGAUGAGGGUGAUAGUGUUGCUCUCCCUCAUAGGGUACGCAGUCUGCAGUCCCCCUGUGUCUAAGAGUAGGGACCAGAUCGAAGCUUUCCGUGAAGCGUUGGAAAAGAGUAGGAUUGAUGAUGGAGUCCUGUUAGAUUCCCGUAUUCUAGCGAACCCCAAAGCCUAUAAUUGGGAGAACAGCGGCAAGUUCGAAGGUGACAUUAUCCUCGAUGACGACCAGGUUGAGGCCCUGGUGUCAGAUUAUGCCGGGGUCGAACAGAGUACCGGCAGCAGAGCUGCAUUUACGGUUGCCAACACAAGAUGGCCCGGAAACGUCAUGAUCUACGACUUCGCAGCGAACCAUUUCACUAAUGCUGAGAGGGACCGAAUUUUAAAUGGAAUGCGCUGGGUGGAGCAUUUCUCGUGCGUCAGAUUCCGUCGGCGUACGAACGAACGCAACUUCGUACUGAUUACCGGCAGAGCAACUGGUUGUUACGCGCACGUUGGGUUUUCAAGCAAUCGCGGCACUCACACUCUGAACUUGGCUCCUCGAGGUUGUCUGUGGCACGCCAUCAUCAUCCACGAAUUGCUACACAACCUAGGGUUCUUCCACAUGCAAUCCGCCUUCGAGAGAUACGAUUUCGUACGCAUCAACUGGGCUAACAUACAAUCAGGCACGGAACAUAACUUCCAGCGCAUGGCACAGAACCGCGUUAGUCUUCUAAGUCUUCCGUAUGAAUACGGAAGCUGCAUGCAUUACAGCAGCCACGCGUUUAGCACUAAUGGACGACCUACUAUUACGGCUACAAGGAGUUUCCAAGGAGUUAUGGGCAACGAUCAUUACGUCACCCACUGGGACUGGCUGAGGCUUCGCAGACACUACAACUGCCCUGGAGCGUGGAAUGAGAGGGAUAUCCAGGAGUUGAAGGAAGAGGUGGAGCGUACACGACCAUUGAUAUACGACGUACCCCUACCAACUGAAGAUGCUACCGAUGAAACCAAUGUAUAACGUGAUAAUUGAUAUAAACGAACCAGUACCUAGUACCAAUACCAGUCCCUGCAUUCUGUAGUUGCAGCGAUGUGACAUCGCACAUUUCCAUGACAACAUCGUUGAUAGUAACAUUUUAUUUUUGACAUCCCAUAGAACUAAGUUCAAAUUCUAAUGAAAUUUAU